CUUUUGACGACUCUUUCUUGGGUGUGUAGUGUAUGACUCGAUUUUCAGGUGGGGAUCAGGAUGACAGAGAGCAAUAUAGAUGAUGACUCGGUGAUGGGAAAUACAGAUAAUGCAACAGCAGCAGGAAAUGAUUUGAAGAAUCAAAGUUCGGGUUUGAGUGAGAAUAGAAAGGAAGACGAGUUAUUAGCAUCCUCGAUUCGAAAAAAGCUUCCUCAGCAGUCUUCUUCACUCGAAUGUAGCUGCAUAUUUAAAAUCCCUCAUAUAUUACGCAGGGGUAAUGAAAAUGUUUUUGUUCCAAACUUAGUUUCAAUUGGGCCAUAUCACCGUGGACAUGAGGACCUGCAAGCCAUGGAAGAAAUUAAACAAUGGUAUUUGCAUUGUCUCCUUGAGCGUAGAGGCAAUCAGGAGGCCAGUAUGAUGUCCUUUGUGAAAGGCAUUAGAAGCAUGGAAAAAUACUGUCGUGAUUGCUACGGAGAAAAGGUUAAUUUAAGUAGUGAUGACUUUGUGGAAAUAAUGGUGGUUGAUGGUUGCUUUAUAAUUGAACUCUUCCGCAAGUACAUUACUGCUGAUACCGCUGGAAAGUGUGCAACAAAGGUUUUCCCAGAAAGGGAUGAUCCUGUGUUCAACACAUCAUGGAUGAUCGCGACGCUCCUAUACGACUUGCUUCUACUUGAAAAUCAGAUUCCUUGGAGAGUUCUCGACUGUUUAUUCAAGCUCACAAGGGAAAACGAUGAAACAGAAGAAACUUCUCUAUCUCAGCUUACUCUCAACUACUUUGAGUUUUACACCUUAGGGCGAUAUCCAAAGAAAAUCGAAGAAACGGGAAGCAAGCAUUUACUUGACUUUAUAAGAAGAUGUUUACUAGGAGGAAGAAAAGAGGAUAGUAAUAAUAUUCAUCCUAACUCAGUUUGGGCUCCAAUCCCUUGUGUCACAGAGCUUCUACAAGCUGGAGUCAAAUUUCGACGUACCGACGAUAGCAUGCUCAACAUAACCUUUGAAAAUGGAGUUAUGAAAAUUCCACCCAUCGUGGUUUACGAAAAUGGU